ACUCCUCAGUCAGUAGCUCAGAAUGUUGCAUUUAACUUGGUACUUGGCUUGUGGAAUGCUCCUGCAUUUAAUUUUCAUUGAAAGUGCGAAGGGAGAGUUUUAUUCUUCCAUAGAUAGUAUGCAGGAUCUGGUUAAAGUGGAGGAGAAUCUGAUAAAUGCCACUCGUUUGUAUCUGGAGGCACAGCAGAAGCAAUUAUACAUUUACAGCCGUUUCAUACAACAAAUCAAACAGGAACAAAAAUCGGCCAGGACCUUACCCAACUUGGAUGAGUACCUGGAACAUCCUUUACACUCUUUCAGAUUUUUGAAGCGUUUUGUUUACGAUUGGGAUACGCUUAUCCUUGGUCCAAUAGUGAACAAUAAUCCAAGAGAAGAGUUUCAACACUCUGUGAACGAUUUAUUCGAAAACUUGGGCUACCCCAAUAGCUCGGAGGUUCAAGGAGCUGUUAAAGGGUUGGCUAGACUCCAAAAAGUCUAUAAUCUCACCGCUUCGCAUCUGGCAGACGGAGCUAUACAUGGUUUACUCUAUGAAUCACAACUGGAUUGGAGUGAUUGCUAUGAAAUUGGAGUCCAGCUCUUUGACAUUGGAGAUUAUUCAAAGUCAGAAGAGUGGCUGGAGGAAGCUUUGAUCCUCUUGGAAGAAAAUCUUGAAAUGGACCAUUCCGACCUAUAUGUAUCUGAUAUUCGGGAAUACUUGGCUUUAGUUAACUUCGAAUUGGGCCACUCUAACCGAGCUAAAAGUCUUUUGAAUGAAAAUUCCGCUCAGCUAACUCUUAAGUACUUGGAAAAUUCCAGAUCGAGGGAGAUUCUGGAAGAAGGCGAUUUUCCUUGGUUUGCCAAUUACUCAAGACUUUGUCAAGGUAAACGAUUGCCAGAAAAACAAGACAAUAUCCUUAAGUGCUAUUUGGAUGGAAAACGGCAUGCCUUUUUCACUCUGGCACCUUUGAAAGUAGAGCAAGUACAUCUGGAUCCCGAUAUCACCGUAUACCAUGGAGUUCUAAGCUCCAAACAAAUUUCUUCCAUUUUUACGGAGUCCAACAAAAAGGAAAGAAUACGAUCGGGGGUAGCUGGUGAAAAUGGAGAAGACAGAACAGUCAAGGACAUUCGUGUAAGCCAGCAAACUUGGCUGAACUACUCAACCCCAACUAUGCAAUAUGUUAACAGGAUUAAUGAGUAUAUUUGCGGUCUUACUAUGCGGGGGGCUGAAGAAAUGCAGGUUGCCAACUAUGGAGUUGGUGGUCAAUAUGAGCCUCAUCCUGAUUAUUUCGAGUUUGAUUUGCCGCCAGACUUUGACGGCGACCGAAUUUCCACAAGCAUGUUUUAUCUGUCCAAUGUCCAACAAGGUGGCUAUACAGUCUUCCCUAACCUAAAUGUAUUUCUGCCUCCAGUUAAGGGUUCCAUGGUACUGUGGCAUAACCUUCAUUAUUCCCUGGAUGUAGACGCCAGGACCUGGCAUGCCGGAUGUCCCGUCAUAGUGGGCUCCAAAAAGAUUGGUAACAUCUGGAUGCAUUCGGGAUCUCAAACCUUCCGUCGACCAUGUCAUCUCAUCUCAGACCGUCAUAAAUCACUGGCGUAUCGCAAUUAAUCGCUUCCUUCACUUUUAAUAAAUUAAAAUCUUAGUUUUA